UGUUCGAGGUUGACAACGAAGAUGGACUAUCUCAGUAACUGCACCUUAGCAGGCAUGGCACCUGCAUGGAUGUGCACUCAAGGUCAGAUCUACCUCUACCCGCCGAAUGGAAACGGGAGUUCGGACCUGGCGUGCGCUGAAUGUGAUUCCACUGAACUGUUCGACACGUCACCUAUACCAGAUGCCGUUUCCAUUGAGUCUUCAUACGAUGCGCUUCUGGAAAGCAGCCGCUUUUGGAUACAGCGCGUACUUGUGCCCAUAAUAACACUCAUCGGCAUCAUUGGAAACUCGGUUACGAUCGUCAUCAUGACCAGAAGGCGGAUGCGCUCGUCCACCAACAACUAUUUAGCUGCACUCGCCAUCGUCGAUAUGCUGUACCUUCUGGGGGGCUUCGCGCUGUCGCUCAAGCACUACGAGUUUAUCCAGGAAAAAGGGUUAUUCGUUUAUUUUCGCUGCUUUCCCUUUCUCAUUCUUUUAACGGACACGUGCAGCAACACGUCUGUCUGGAUCACAGCAACCUUCACGGUCGAGCGGUACAUCGCCGUAUGCCAUCCUAUCAAGGGCAAGGUGUUGUGCACGGAGUCACGGGCUAGAAAGGCUGUCAUAGGGGUCGUUGUCUUCUGCUUCGUACUCACGCUACCGACGCCUUUCGAAUACGCUGUGGUUGAGGAUAACAACCCGGUCACCAAUAUGACCAAGGUCAGUCUCAGCUACUCAGAGUUCGGGCGCAAUGAACUGUACAAGACGAUAUACUACUGGUUGACGGUGGUGCUUUUCACUCUGGUGCCAUUCUGUCUACUGGCCGUGUUCAAUGCUUUUCUAGUGCGCUCCGUGCACAUUUCACGCAGGCAGCGUUCUAAAAUGACUCAGAGAACUGACUCCAGCCGCGACAACCAGGAGAACAAGAUCACCGUCAUGCUCAUUGCGGUUGUCAUACUGUUCUUCGUCUGCCAGCUCCCCACCGCUGUCACACUGCUCUACACUUCGAUAAAGACUCCGAAAGAAGGUAGUGAGCAAGAGAAGCUCGUCUUCAUUUUGGGAAACAUCUUCAACUUCCUGAUGUCGCUCAAUGCAGCUGGCAAUUUCAUACUUUACUGCCUACUUAGUCAGAAGUACCGGCGUACUUUCCUGCAAAUUUUCUGUCCUUGUGCGGAGGGUCAGUUCGUGCGCCUGCAGUCUGUUUACCAGUACACUGGAACUGGUCUCAACCAAUCAGACGACCAUACGCCUGCCACCAGCCGCCGCUUGAGCUCUGUGCGCUCGGCCCGUUCCAAUUCGUCGGGGCCCUUUGAUGCCAAUGGUAAGAAGAGCGCACCAGCGCGGGCGUGCUUGCUGAACGUUCCUGAGGAGCCCACCAGUGGGCGCAGAGCGAGUGACUCAUCGAACUGCGCAGUCAGAUCGACCGCAUUCACUGAGUCUUUUUGGUCUAGACUUCGGCGAUCACCGGACAGAGCCUGCGCGAACCAGCCUGACAAGCUCAAGGACUGCGUAGUUGUCAUUACUUCUCAGGGGGUGACAGAGAACAGAUGUGUGGCACCUAAAAUAUAGGCACCGUCUUGAUAGAACCUACUACACUGUAGAGGAACUCAGACCGUGUGAGCUACCGGUUGCUCGAAAGUGGUGCUGAAUAAUGCUGAACACGGAUAAGCUGACCGCUUCGGCAAGUACGCUUGGUGAGCAUUCAUCAGCUGUCGUGCGUGUACUCAGCAGGAAUAUGUGUUUAUUUUUUUGCUGGUGCUUGAAUAUGCUCCUAAGUGAAAAACCGUGCUUGUUUUGCGCAGUGGCAAUGUGGGCAAGAAUAGAUGGCGCUCCCUUACAAAUGUUGAAGCUGUUCAGAGCUGCCCUUUUUUGUGUCGUGGUUCGUACACGUCUCAGUUCUAUUUAUCGAAAGUAUAAAGUUGUUUUCGAACUCGGGAAGAAUCGGACGCUUUCUAAGUAAAUCUUGCCCACGCGAGAGCCUGUGGAUCCAAAAUAUUACUGUAUGAGUGUGAAAAAAAAUGUCUACGCUUGAUGGCGACCCACAUAUCAAUAACGGCUGUCAAAUAAAUAUAAUAUAUGUCAUAACAUGAACGAACAGUAUUGACCAUGCGGAAUGAACAACGGAUACUGAAUGCAGUUUGUGUGAAACGGUGUGUUAAUUUUGCAUAUUUCAAGAAUCAAUUAUAUGUUCUAUUUAUUGCUAUAAACACUAUCUUCGACUCGAGGUGAAGUGUUGAGGUAUUAAAAAGUUGCGGGAAGAGCUGAUGGUAACGUGACAGCAAUAAACGCGUCAUGAUUCACGCACACCCAACUUG